AUGAUCCCCAAACCCAAAGACGACCCGGCUGCCCCGGGAGCCCCAAGUGCCCUGGAGACCCCAGCUAACCCCAGUGAGGCACCGAAAGAGACAUCAUCAAAUCUGCAGAUGCCUGAAGAACUGGCAUUUUAUGCUCCGAAUUACAUAUGUUUGACCGUCUUUGCAGUAAUUCUUUUUCCUCCCCUGGGACUGGCAGCUGUCUACUUCAGUAGUAAGACUACUGAGGCCAACCAGAACCAAGACUGGGAGCAGGCUUACAUCAACUCUGGCCGGACUGGUUGGCUGGAUGUGUUCGCCAUACUCAUUGGUUUAGCUAUCAUUUAUGUAUAUACGUUAUAUAUGUGAAGGACAGCCCAGAAUCCCAGGAGUCCAUUCUCAUCAGGACGUUACCAGCUACCAUGUGAGAAACUGAAUA